GCAUGGGGGAAAUGUAGAGAUGAAAGCCGUGCUAGUUGUCUAUUGAUUAACUCACAGAAGAGAAUCACAUUGCAAACAUGAUUUAAUGGAGGCAGUCCAGUAUGCAGACAGACGACUCGGCCACAGAAACAGAGCAAAGACCAAUCAAACAGUCGUUCUGUGGCUCUCUGCGUCGUGACGCUCAUUGGAAGUGCCUGAUCCUAACAUUGCUCAUCUGUGGUUGUCUUGCAUCUGUUGCUUGGUGUCGUUUUGCUGUGGUGGAAACUGUGGUUGUGGAUUAUUAUUCUUUACCAGCAGCUUAUAUACAAGACAAAACAAGUCCCUGUAACGACGGCUACAUCUAUAUCCCUGUAGCCUUUGUCAUCAUGUUGUAUUUGGUGUAUCUAGUGGAGUGCUGGCAUAGUCAUACACGUAUAGAACUACAGUAUAAAGUGGAUAUUAAUUCUGUAUAUGAUCGUGUUACUAGCAUGAAAGAAGCAAUUCCUAUUAUUUGGUGGAAAGCCAUUUGCUACCAUUACAUCCGUCGAACUCGUCAAGUGACCAGAUACCGUAAUGGCGACGCUUUCACUUCCACUCAGAUUUAUUAUGAACGAGUGAAUUCAUGCACGGCUGGCUCGGCCUUUAAUUUUUCUCAGUGUGGUGUAAAAGAUAUUUCUAAAAAACUAUGUGGAUUAGCUGACUAUCCGGCUACUAAGAUUCGCUUUUCUAAAGGAUUUUCUUUUGCAACUAUUGAAGCGGAGUGUGAAUUCGAGGACCAACGCGCUCAAUUCUUCCAGGAUUACGAAUCACGAGAUGAUUAUAUGGAAGGCCGUGAGGGUAUGGAUUUAUUAAAUGUGAAUUUUAAAGAAUAUAUGAUAGCCUUCGCGGAUCCUGAUAAUCUCCCGUGGUACGUGUCCCAUGUUAUUUUCUGGGUAGCAUCUUUCCUUUUGUUAUCAUGGCCAUUGAGAGUUAUCAUAGAGUUCAAAACGGCGCAUCUUCAUUAUCAUGUACAUAAACUCUUUGGUGUAAAUUACGUGAAUACAGGAACCAUGCCUCGUCCUAUAUCUCGUGUAACUAUUAAUAGCACAGAUAUUGAAAUGAACAUCAGAAACAAUAAUGCAUUAGUUCCAAGUUAUUCAGAAGCAAUUCUAAUGGACUUGUCGCGUUCAAGGUAUAUGUCGGACACAGUGACUGGAACAAGUUCGGGCAAUGAAACCCCAAGAAGUUUUACUUUUUCAGCAUUCCCUCCAUCUCGAAGUACAGGCUUUCUACGGAGCUUUUUUUCGUCGAACAAUCUGGGUACAUCUCAUCGGCGUUCAAAUAGCUAUUCUGGUCUUGGUGAAAAUAUAGCUAGGACUUAUAUUCGUUCUGAAAAUCGUGGCACUAGUGAAAUAUUUAAUUUUGCAAAACGUUGGAGAAGGCGUGUUCGUAGAAAAAGGGGAACAGGGUCAUCCUCAAGCACCAGAAAUGACAUUAACACGACUUCCCCGACCUCGCAAGACGAAUAUUACGUCACUAUUGACCCAGCAGCCUCCACAGCUACGUUGUCAUCAAGAGUUCCAGCACGAACAAAUACAAUCUAUAAUCCACGUUCCACGGAAAAUAUUUAUGCAAAUAUCACGAGGCCGCGACCUCUUCCAUCCGUUAGGCCUCCAAUACGCCAUGAGGACAGUGAAACUUCCGUAUCAUUAGCACGAGAUGCACCGCCAUGCUAUGAAGACGCGGUACUGGUUGUCAGUGAAUCGAAUCUCCAGAUACAGGAUCCGGUGCGACUCGGGGAGGAAGCAAACGAGAAUGAAACAGAACAUUCUCAAUUAAUACCUGCUGCAUCGAGUUCUAGACAAUAUCUAACAUUCCCAUGCAUGGAGACGUCGUUAUAAUUGUGUUUAUGUAUGUCUGAACUAUUUGAAAAUAUGUUCUAUUCGUCUCCGGCGAAAUCAAGUGAUAAAAAUGUUAGUGAACGAAAUGUUAGUAAUUGUUUAUAUAAAGAUUGACUAUAUGAUGGCCUGGAUGAUUGUGAUAUAUAUACACCCUUGGGAUGUUUUGUCUACCACUGACUUCAUUGAUGUUUCUAUCGACAGUACGUAUUUGAUUGGACGAUUUUGUUAGCGGAAUUGCUAUAAUCCACCUGAGAAUUUGGGCUACAUUUGCUGUCUAUUCACUCUCCAGGUCCAAACAAGUGUCUAUAUGUUGGUUAUAC